AUAAAUCGCACACCCUCGUGAACGUGUUCGCUGCUCUAGGGUUAGGGUUUUAGCUUUUUUGGCUUUCUCCGCUGCAGCUCGGGCCGCUCCGCCGCCAUGGGGAGAAGACCUGCAAGAUGCUAUCGCCAGAUAAAAAAUAAGCCCUACCCGAAAUCGAGGUACUGCCGUGGUGUUCCUGACCCAAAGAUCCGUAUCUAUGAUGUUGGUAUGAAGAAGAAGGGAGUCGAUGAGUUCCCCUUUUGCGUCCAUUUAGUCAGCUGGGAGAAAGAAAAUGUUUCUAGUGAAGCCCUCGAGGCUGCUCGCAUUGCCUGCAACAAGUACAUGACCAAAUAUGCCGGGAAGGAUGCUUUCCAUCUUAGGGUUAGGGUUCACCCUUUCCACGUUCUUCGGAUCAACAAGAUGCUUUCCUGUGCUGGGGCUGAUCGGCUCCAAACCGGAAUGCGGGGUGCUUUUGGCAAGCCUCAAGGUACUUGCGCUAGGGUUAGCAUUGGCCAGGUGCUUCUGUCUGUCCGCUGCAAGGAUAGUAACAGCAAUCACGCCCAAGAAGCGCUUCGCCGUGCCAAGUUCAAAUUCCCUGGUCGUCAAAAGAUCAUCAUCAGCAGGAAAUGGGGAUUCACUAAAUUUAGCCGCACUGACUAUCUGAAGUGGAAAAGCGAGAACAGAAUUGUUCCUGAUGGUGUCAAUGCUAAGCUUCUCGGGUGCCACGGCCCGCUUGCUCGUCGCCAGCCUGGACAAGCUUUCCUGCCAGAGACAAUUGCAGAUGCCUCUUAGAUCAUGUUCUGUGGAGAAGCACUAUCAAUAGCUUUUGGUUCUUUAAAGUCUUUAGUACUUGUUUGGUGUCUAAAUUUUGCGUUUGGUUUUCCUAACAGACAAAAUCUCCUGUGUUCCUCGUUUUUGUUUGUCAAACUGCGCCGCGUGAUCUUGUAUGCUUGAACUGCUAUGUUGGUCGGGGUAUCAACCUGGAGCAUCUUUUCCCCUUUA